AUGAGACGGGGUUUGCUCAACGUCAGAGAAUGCCUCCUUGGUACCCUCUUUGCAUCGAGGAGUGCCCUUGGCCCCAACCCUCCCCAACGCUAUGGAAGCAAGAUAAACUUUGCAAAGAGAAGAUACAGCGGCAGCGACGACUCUCAAAGAAUGUUGGCCUAUGUCAUGACAACUCUCCCUCGAAUUCCCGACAACCCAAUACGGAAUGCAUCUUGGUGCCCGAAAGCAAACAGAUACUUUUGCAGACACCUGGAUUCCCCACACCACUUCCUCCGGCUCCUAUCUGUCCUGCUUUCCGCGCUGCGCCUUCUCCCGGUACACUGUUAGCCAGUGCCAGCAUCGCUACCGAUAGCUCUUCAACU